AAGUUGAACCUGAAUGUUCUGCUCCCGGCCUCCUCUCUCAGGAUUCACACGAAGAGGACCAGGCGUCCAACAGGUCUUCCACCAGCCACCUGUCCAGGUCUCCUCUCCGGGGGGCCAAGAAGCUGAAGAACAUGCAGUGCAAGGUCACCCUGUUGGAUGGCUCCGACUACAACAUCACUGUGGAGAAACGAGCCAAGGGACACAUCCUGUUAGAUAAAAUAUGCGACCACCUCAACCUACUGGAGAAGGACUACUUCGGCAUCACGUACAGAGAUGUCGAGAACCAGAAGAACUGGAUAGACCCCACCAAGGAGAUGAAGAAACAGAUCAGAACUGGACCCUGGAACUUUGCUUUUAACGUGAAGUUCUAUCCCCCCGACCCCGCCCUACUGUCCGAGGACAUCACACGCUACUUCCUGUGUCUGCAGCUGAGGGACGACGUGGUGUCCGGCCGGCUGCCAUGCUCCUUCGCCACCCACACCAUGCUGGGCUCCUUCACGGUGCAGUCGGAGCUCGGCGACUACGACCCCGAGGAGCAGGGCAGCGACUACAUCAGCGAGCUGCGCUUCGCCCCCAACCAGACCAAGGAGCUGGAGGAGAAGGUCAUGGAGAUGCACAAGAGCUACAAAGGUAUGACACCCGCAGAGGCUGAAAUCCGCUUCCUGGAAAACGCCAAGAAGCUGUCGAUGUAUGGCGUGGACCUCCACCAUGCCAAGUUGGUAGGGAGUCUCUCUGAGUGCUUGGCUGAAGCCGAGGCAGAGGACUCGGAGGGUGUGGAGAUCAUGCUGGGUGUGUGCGCCAGCGGCCUUCUCAUCUACCGCGACCGCCUCCGGAUCAACCGCUUUGCCUGGCCCAAGGUCCUCAAGAUCUCCUACAAGAGGAACAACUUCUACAUCAAAAUACGCCCGGGAGAGUUCGAGCAGUUUGAGAGCACAAUCGGCUUCAAGCUGCCCAACCACCGCGCAGCCAAGAGGCUGUGGAAGGUGUGCGUGGAGCAUCACACAUUCUUCAGGCUGGUGUCCCCCGAGGCCCCCCCCAAGAAGUUCCUGGGCCUGGGCUCCAAGUUCCGGUACAGCGGGCGCACCCAGGCCCAAACCCGACGGGCCAGCUCCCAGAUCAUCCGGCCCGCGCCCUUGUUUGAGCGCUCGGCCAGCAAGCGCUACAACAUGUCCCGCAGCCUGGAUGGAGCUCCCAUCAUGGAGAACCACGAGACCCUGAUGAAGGACCACACCGCCGACCGCGUGGCCAAGGCAGACAUCAUCACCACGGUAACGCCGGAGAAGAAGGCAGAGGAGGAGCGGGAAGAGCGAGAGGACGGCCAGGCCGACGCCACGGCGACGGCGGAGGCCACGCCCACCACUCCGCUGAGACACGACACAAAGCGCUGCGCGUACUCCUCCGACCCCCUGCGCUCGGAGCUCUCGCUGCCCUCCUCGCCCGUGUCCUCCGCCAAAGUGCGGCGGCGGCGGCGGCGGGAGACGCUGACCCGGCAGCGCGCCUCGUCCGUCAGCCCGGCGGGCGGCGCCGGGCGGCGGCGGCGGCAGGCCCGCGCCGACCGGGCGGCGGCCCUGCUGGAGGAGCAGGUGCUGCUGCUGUCGGCCCGCAAGCAGCGCCUGGGCGAGCUGGGCAAGGGGGCGGGGCGGCGCGGCGGCGGCGGCACGCUCUUCUCCUUCUCGCUGCACCUGCCCGACGUCAUGUCCUUCCUGGACGAGGACGGCUACAUCAGCUUCCCCGACCUGGCGGAGCUGCGCUUCCUGCCCGAGUGCGCGCACCACUUCCUGCCCAUCAAGUCGCCCUCGCUCAUCCCCUGCUUCCUCUUCAUCUUCUUCUUCCUGCUGUCCACGUCCUUCUCGGUGCCGUACGCCCUCACGCUCUCCUUCCCGCUGGCCCUGUGCCUCUGCUACCUGGAGCCCAAGGCGGCCUCGCUGACGGCCUCCAUAGCGCAGGGAUUCAAUGACAGCUCAGAGGAAGAGGAGGAGGAUGAGACCGACAGCGAGCAAACCGACUUUGCGUUUGACGGGGAGACGACUGCCACGGAGUCGGAGGCAGAGGAUGACUAUGAGAUGCGGACCCAGUAUAGCUUCAUAAGGCGCGUGAAGGGGGAAAACGUUUUUAUCAAGCACAGUAAUCUGAUGCUAGAGGACACAGACGCGUCGGCCGACCUCGGCAAGCACCAGAUCAACAUCAGCGAGCUGAAGCGCUCCUUCCUGGAGACGGGCGACGCCGGUAUGGCGGGCGCCGGAGCCACGGAGUGGGAGAAGCGGCUCUCCUCGUCCCCCGCCCGCUCGCUCCGGGCGGACGAGCCGCCCAUGAUCGAGCCCCUCCUCCUCCCCCAGGACACCAAUGGAGAGGAGCCGUCCGCAGACCAGACCAAGAUGGAGCCAGAGGCCAAAGAUGAGGCGGUGCGCUACUUGGUCAAACUGGUGGCGGACGGCUACGGCACGGACGGGGCCACGUCCUCGGGGCCCCACGGCAUGAGCCUGUCCACCACCAUGGACGACGACGUGUUCACCGACGCCACCACCCUGCGGGGGGAGGAGGAGGAGGAGGAGGAGGAGGGCGCACACAAGACCACGCCCGACUCCCAGGGCGAGGCGUCGGAGCGGUCGGUGGUGAAGGUCAGCCCCGGCACCGUGCGGCAGGAGGUGUCCCAGGCCAUCAUCGACAAGAAGGGCACCCUCAUCAUCCUCAGGGAGGCCGAGGACGACAAGAUGGCCGCCGCCGAGAAGAUGGCCGCCGCCGAGAAGAUGGCCGCCGGCGACAUCACCAAGGCGGCCGAGCCUCCGGCCGGGGAAACGGAAGACGUUGCCGAAAACGAGGUCCCCUCGGCCUCCGACGAGGAAGACGGCGGCGUUCCCGCCACGGAGAAGGAGGAGGCGUACGCCGGCCGGGGCGUGAUCCUGGGCCCGGGCGACGCCCCCGCCCUGAAGAUUGAGAGCCGGCGCAUCGAGGUGACGCAGCUCAAGGGGGUGUCCUCGCCCACCCGGGCCAAGGCCUCCUGGGUGUCCGAGGUGGUGAAGACGGUGGAGAGGUCAGAGUUCACCAGCAUGUCGGCGAAGGAAGGCGAGCAGUGGGCGGAGUUCAAGGCUGGCGCGCCAAAGGACGUCUUCCUGUUCCAGAGCGCCCAGGAGGUCAAGCCCGGAGGCGGCCUCGCCACCGCACUGUCCGCAGUCAACGAGCUGUCCGCUGUCACCGCCGCUCUGUCCACCGUCACAGAGCCGUCAAAGGCCCCCGAGCUGUCAAAGGUCACCGAGAUGACCCCAGUCACCGAGCUGACAAAGGUCACCGAGAUGACCGCAGUCACAGAGCUGUCAAAGGUCACCGAGGUCACCGAGCUGUCAAAGGUCAUGGAGCUGUCAAAGGUCACCGAGAUGGCCGAGGUCACCAAGCGAUCCGAAGUCACCGAGCUGACCACGGUCACCACCGAGCUGUCGGCCACCGGCCUAGACGUGUCCACCCUGGGAUGGACCUCCUCCUCCCCGAGCCCCGUCCUCCUCAAGGUGUCCGAAGAGCCCAAGCCGGAGGAGAACGGUGACGCCGCCGCGGCGACGGACGCCACGCCGGCUGAUUCAACGAGUUCGGAGUCGGCCACGCUACAGGAGGAGCCGGCCCCCAAGGACUCCCCGGUGGUCCACACGGAAACCAAGACCACCACCUACGAGUCCGCCGAGGGAGACACCAACGGUGACGUGGACCCUGGAGUGUUGCUGAGCGCCCAGACCAUCACCUCAGAGACCAGCAGCACCACGACAACCACACACAUCACUAAGAUGGUGAAGGGUGGCAUCUCGGAGACGAGGAUCGAGAAGCGGAUCGUCAUCACGGGGGACACGGACAUCGACCACGACGAGGCUCUGGCUCAGGCCAUUAAGGAGGCUAAAGAGCAGCACCCCGACAUGUCAGUGACCAAAGUAGUGGUCCAUAAAGAGACCGAGAUCACCCCAGACGAGGGCGAGGACUGACCCAGGAAUAAGGAUGUUUUCCCACGAGGACUCCAUCCCCCAUCAGCCACCACGGGUUCCGUAUAUGUAAGGAGGGAACACUAAAGGAACUGAUGGCUCCUGCUCUCCAGCGACUGCGGCUUGCCUCCAUUUCUGUCCAUCUCUAAAUGGUGCAUUUGUGCAUGAGAAGGGUGCAACGUUGCAGUAUCAAAAAUAAACAGCAAGACGAUACGACACUAUAUAACAAAUCUCUUGUUGACUCGCAGAAUACUUAUUCUUGUGCAGGGAAGCCAAAAGGUGACCCCUCCCCCCCCCCCCCCCCCCCCUCUCUCUUUACUGCCUUUAUGAAAUUGAUGCAUUUUUUAUGAUUAAGAUGAAGAAUAAUAAUUGCAGCAGUUUUAUUUAUGAAAUGAAGCCAAAAUCCACUCCGGAAAGCUUCCCAGUGCUUUGUAUGGGCUGUGUAUGUAGAGGACACCCCUAUGUAGCCUAGCGGUAGGUAGACGUGCCAACCUCAUCUUCAGCAAGCAUCUCACCACUCAACUCCACACCAAGGUAUACCACUGCAGUCCUGUAUGACCACCCCUGUACUUAUACUGUACAUAGGCCUCAAGAAGCUUUCUUAUUAAAAAAACACACACACCAAACAACAAAGCAUAUAUCUUCCGCCAAUGAUGUUUGUCAUGUGCACUUGAAUUCUGUUUUUAUUGUUGAUCAUCUCAGUAUUUUUGAUUUAUUUCACACAAACAUCUCUCAUGGAGCUUAAGCAGAGGCUAAUUUCUUCGUCAAACUCCAAAGAAAUCCCCUGUCUGCGCUGGAUUGUUUUUGAUUUUUGUGCCAGUACAAGCCUUGAAUGUUUUUUAGGAUUUGAUUUUUCUUCUUUAUUUUUUAUAUGGCUGAACAUGUUCACGUCUUUGAUCGCCGCCGACAUUUGAUGCUGAAGCAAGCGUAUUCUGUCUACCCCCCCCCCCUGAAUGUGUAAGCUAUAUGCCUCUCAACUAUUCCAUCUAUUUAAAAUAACACGUGUCGUUCAUGUACAGCCAUGCCUUCUCAAUGGUGAAAUAUAGGUGUGUUCAUUAUAAUUUGUCAUUUUCUUUUGAAAUAAAAUAUUUACUACAUUAUUGAA